GCCUUCGCACGCAAUAAGGUUGUAAAGAAAACCGAAGGUCGUCCGCGAACCAAGUCGACUUUGGUUGUAGGAGGAAUUUUUCAACAGAAAGCUUUUGAUCACAAAAGACUGAGUGUUGGUUUUCUUCAUACUAUACAAUAAUAAAAAAUGGACACUAAAACUCCAGUUACAUUGGCUAAAGUCAUCAAGGUCUUAGGUAGAACCGGUUCCAGAGGUGGUGUCACCCAAGUCCGUGUUGAGUUCGUUGAAGACUCUUCCAGAACUAUCGUCAGAAACGUCAAGGGUCCAGUUAGAGAAAACGACAUCUUGUGCUUGAUGGAAUCUGAACGUGAAGCCAGAAGAUUGCGUUAAGUUAAUCUUACUGUUCUUACUAGAAUCGCUCAUUUAGGUUACAUUGGGAUUAAGAGAUCAUUUUUACAGUUCAUCGUGCUUAAUACAUAAAGCUUAGUUAUACAAAU